AUGGGCAAGUCGAGCGACGACAAAGAACAUGGCAUUUCGCUUCUGCGCAACACCGCGGACGAGACCUGGAGCAGCGACGACACCGAGGUUCCUAGCUCUGUACCGCUGCACACACAUCCGAAACACUCCCGAUACCUCCUCCUCACCAAUGCAACACUGUUAUUUGGCAACAUUCUCGUCUUUUUCUUCUUUGUGGUCAGAUCCACAUGCUCAGAGCAAACUUGCACACAGUUGCUCUCGUCUUUCUCACCGGCUUUGCCGCAUAUCAGCUAUGAAAUUGUUACAUUUCAAGGAUUCACAGCCAAGUCUCCUUACAAAGGAUACCCUACCGACGAGAUCGACUCUAGGUGGGAAGACCUAGAUCUCGCUGGCUAUGUCUCGGUCUCUAAAAUGGAUUUGGUCGAGACGCUGGGAAAAAACGAAACAUAUGCUGCGCUAGACGGCACCAACGGACAAGAGUUCCUUGGCAGCAUGGAGGUCUUCCAUCAGUUGCACUGCCUGAAUCUCAUUCGCAAGUUCACCUACGAGGACUACUACCGCAAGCGAGAUCCUAUGCCAUUCGCUUUCCGUGACUCACCCGCCACGCUCCGCAAGCACGUCGACCAUUGCAUAGACUACCUUCGCGAGGCCAUCAUGUGCGCUGGCGACGUCGGCGUGUACAUGUCCUUUUGGGUCGAGAAUCGAGACAUUCCCUGGCCGGAUUUUGAGGUCGAGCACAAGUGCCGCAGCUGGGAUUCGAUUGUCGCGUACGCCAAUGAAACGGCGCAUGGCAUCCGAGUGCCGGCCAAGCCCAGCGACGCAGUUGUGUAUAAGCAUCCGAAUCACCCCCAUCUUAGGUAG